UAGGGAACUAGUAUAAAUGACUCGAUUAUUUCCAUGGAUAAGUAGAGUUUCCACUUUUCAUUUAUCAGUGGACAUUUUAACGAAAUGUAGGGCAGAAACAAAUGUGUUGUGGUUCUAAGCAAAAAUCAUGAUAAAUGAAAUAGUAAAUGACUACGUGGAAUACCUUAAAGUUGAUCUCAGAAAAGAGCUUAUACCUGUUGAGGAAAUUGUAGAUGACAUGCUGACACGCUUGGAAGAAUUUGAAAGCCUAAUGGAGAUGGUGCAGACUAAUGGACUGCACAGUCUAGAUGGAUCCGUACCAAACAUACUAUCGUAUAAAGAUAGGCUUACAGCUCUAUGUGGCCGGGUUGACAGACUUGAAACCUUUCUAAAUCAUGUGAAACAAGAUCUUGAUGUGGUCGAGUCACACAUGGAAACUGCUGAGGCUGAUGUUGGCAACAGUGAUGGAAAACUGAAGAACAUUUUGAAGCCACUAUUUUUUAAAAAGUCAGAUCCUGUUGUCAGUUCACCAGUUUAUGAAGUCCCAGAGAUAUUUAAAACUUCAAACUUCUUCCCCCCAGAUGAAGAUACAUCAGAUUCUUAAACAUUGUAGUGUUUCACUAAGCAUUACUGAUUAAAAUGAACAAUUAUAUCA